AGGUUUGUGGAAGUUGAACUGAAAAGGAUGGAAUCGGAUCAUUGUGCGCCUGGAAUAUAACACUUGUAUUAUGCUUUACACUUUGUGGAAAUUGCUCAUCUUGAGCCGACACCUGUAUAUCAUGAUCUGUUGGAUAACAGACCUCUUCUACAGCUGACAGGAUUUUUAUUUUAGCCGUCUGUGUGGUGAUAAUAGGGCGCUAGGACCCGGGAAAGGAAUUCACAAGCGGCGGGGUUCUGAGCGUUCACAUAGCAGUACUGUGAAGGAAAACCCCAUCGGAUCUGUUAUUGCAGGAUACUUGUGAAAUAUACAUAGAUUUCUGUCCUUUCCGCAGUUGGAGCUUUCGGAAGAUCGCACUUGUGCACUGGGAUGCUUAGUAACGCAAUGCACGUUCGGAAGAUCCGCGAUCAAGACUCCCUGUCAUAGAGGUGUAGUGGACUUCUCUGCUGCUUAAUAUUGUCCUUCGUUAUCUCUCAACAUUUCUCUACAUGUAUCAUUUUUAUUCCUCCCCAUACUUGGAUAACGUCUACACAAAGGAAACAGCACUUCUUAAAUAUAUAUGUAUAUUUUUAAUACGUCAUCCGAGGAUAUGUAUGCUCUUCAGGGAUUAAACGACCACUUGGACAACUUGGCAAUGGUUUAGAUGGGAUAUUUUUUUACCUAAAUAUUAUCGCCUGUCUGCAGAAUCAAGACGACAACGUGUAUUUUGUAUUUCCUUAUUUCUUUUCCGCUGAGUAGGCGUUGUGAUGGUCAUAGUUUUUAUUACUGACUGACAUCAAGAUCAGAAAUUUUCGGAAACUGGAAAUAGGGCAUUUUUGAAAGUUGAAUGAUGAAAGCUCCUAUCCCUGUCUUGAUCCUACUGUAUGCUGUUGUAAUCAAGAGUCUAAAGGUUGUCACCAAAAGAGGUUCAGCUGAUGGAUGCACUGAUUGGUCAGUGGACUACAUGAAAUAUAAAGUACUUUUGGGUGAACCUGUGCGAAUCAAAUGCGCAUUAUUUUAUGGAUAUAUAAGAGCAAAUUAUACUCUUGCACAAAGUGCAGGACUAAGUCUGAUGUGGUAUAAAAGCUCUGGACAUGGAGACUUUGAGGAGCCUAUACCAUUUGAUGGAAUUAGGAUGAGUAAAGAAGAGGAUUCAAUAUGGUUUCGACCCACAGAACUUCAAGACGCUGGACUUUAUGCUUGUGUGUUAAGAAAUUCCACUUAUUGUAUGAAGGUUUCCAUGUCAUUGACUGUUGCAGAAAAUGACACAGAUCUAUGCUACAAUUCGAAGAUGAGGUACUUUGAAAAAGCUGAACUUAGCAAAAGCAAAGAAAUUACAUGUCCUGACAUAGAGGAUUAUUUUUUGCCUCACAGGGACCCAAAUAUUGUAUGGUAUAAGGAAUGCAAGCCAAAAGUAUGGAGACAAACAGUUGUAAGAAGAAGGGACACACUUAUUAUACGGGAAGUACGGGAAGACGAUAUAGGAAAUUAUACGUGUGAACUACAGUUUGGAAGCUUUCUGGUUCGAAGAACUACAGAAUUAACAGUCACAGCUCCGCUAACAGACAAGCCUCCCAAGAUCUUGUUCCCUUCAGAAACAAGAAUGAAUAUUUUGGAGGUACAGAUCGGUGGUCCAGCCAAUCUGACAUGUAGAGCCUUUUUUGGCUACAGUGGAGAUGUAGUGCCUGUCAUUUACUGGAUGAAAGGAGAAAAGUUUAUUGAAGAUCUGGAUGAAAGUCGGGUUCAGGAAAGUGAAAUAAGAUUUCUCAGAGAGCACCUAGGUGAAAAGGAGGUUUCAAUUUCCCUUUUUAUUGAUUCAGUUGAAGAUGGAGAUUUGGGCAACUAUUCUUGUUAUGUUGAAAAUGGAAAUGGAAGAAGACAAGCAAGCGUUCUCUUACAUAAAAGGGAGCUCAUGUACACAGUGGAGCUUGCUGGUGGACUUGGAGCCAUUCUUCUCUUGCUUGUCUGCUUAGUAACACUAUAUAAGUGCUACAAGAUAGAGAUCAUGCUGUUCUAUCGUAACCACUUUGGAGCAGAUGAGGUAGAUGGAGAAAAUAAAGACUAUGAUGCUUACCUAUCUUACACCAAAGUGGAUCCGGACCAGUGGGGACAAGAAACCAGAGAAGAAGAGCGUUUUGCCCUUGAAAUCCUUCCUGAUGUGUUGGAGAAACAUUAUGGGUAUAAGUUGUUCAUACCAGACAGAGAUCUGAUUCCUACGGGAAGUUUCACAAGCGAUCAUUACCAGGAUGAUACAAGACUGCUCAGAGCUUAUAUAGAAGAUGUAGCAAGAUGUGUGGAUCAGAGUAAAAGAUUAAUAAUUGUGAUGACCCCUAACUAUGUUGUGCGGAGAGGCUGGAGCAUCUUUGAGCUGGAAACCCGGCUUCGCAACAUGCUUGUCACAGGAGAGAUCAAGGUCAUACUAAUUGAGUGCACUGAACUUAGAGGAAUUAUGAAUUACCAAGAGGUUGAGGCACUGAAACACACCAUCAAGCUGUUGACUGUUAUCAAAUGGCAUGGACCGAAAUGUAAUAAGCUCAAUUCCAAAUUCUGGAAACAUUUACAGUAUGAAAUGCCAUUUAAGAGGAUAGAGCCUAUCAUCACGCAUGAGCAGGUACUGGAUGUAAGUGAGCAGGGACCUUUUGGAGAACUGCAGACGGUCUCAGCUAUUUCUAUGGCUGCUGCCACAUCGACUGCUCUGGCCACGGCCCACCCAGACCUGCGAUCCACAUUCCACAAUACCUACCAUACCCAAAUGCGACAAAAACAUUACUAUCGCAGCUAUGAGUAUGACGUACCUCCUGCUGGCACCUUGCCCCCACUUACCUCACUAGGAAACCAACACACCUACUGCAACAUCCCGAUGACGCUAAUUAAUGGGCAAAGACCACAAUCAAAAUCGAACAGGGAACAGAAUCCAGAGGAAGCCCACACAAACAAUGCUAUGCUGCCUCUUCUACCUAGAGAGACAAGUAUCUCCAGUGUGAUUUGGUGACAGAUGAGCAAGGCAGUAACAGGGCCCGCUUAAGUGUUCCCCUAACCCUGCAGUACGGUGCUUGGAACUGCGACCUUGCUGCUGUUUAGCCUGCAUCACAAUCCAUAAAACAAAAAAAGAAAACACAAGGAAAACAGGGUCUUGUACAUAUAUUUGCAAUUUCUUUGUAGCAUCAGUGUCUUCCUGUUCUUUUUUUGUUUGUUGCCUCGACUACAUUAUGACUUUGUUUU